AUGGCUUCCUCUCCUUUGACAUCAAAAACUGGUUUUCAUUCUCGCUCUGUUAGCUUGCCCUCUAGAUCUCAUCCUCUCAUUCCUCAAUUUGACAAGCGUUUGUGCACAGUAAAGGCUUCUGAAGACACAUCUUCAUCAUUGCCAUCCAUCAGCAAUAGACUAAGUGGUCUUGAAGAGUUAUAUGAUUGUGUGGAUGAUUUGCUUCUUUUGCCACAGACUCAACAAGUAUUUGCCCAAGAGCGCGACCAGAAAUGGGUUGAUGAAGCAUUGGCUGGAAGACGAGAUGCAAAUGAUUUUGGUGCAUAUUUGACCUCUCAAAAGAAGGUGAAGAAGGUGAUCCAAAAGUCCCUAAAGGAUUUGAAGAGAAUCAGAAACAAUGAAAGUCUUCUAGCCUUGGACAAAGACCAUGAAACUGUGGCAAUUGUUAGCAUGUUAAAUGAGGUUGAAGCUGUCACUGUAGCCGCCUUUGAGUCCUUAUUGUCCCAUAUUGUAGCGUCAAAGGUGCAAUCAAGGCUGAGUGGGUGGUCUUUGGUUUCCAAACUGAUGCAUCAGAAAAGUGUGUCACAACAAGAUGAAACAGAAAUGAACGAGUUUGAGAAGGUUGCUACUGCAUUGCACACACUCAACAAUCACAAAGCAAGCAAAUCUGAUAAUGUUAUGAAUGUUGAAAAUUUGCAAUAUCAGUUGGGGAAGAUAGACUCGCUCAUUCAAGAUGCAGAAGAACAAUUAGAGUGCCUGUUUAGACGUUUAAUUAGAACCAGAGUUUCCCUCCUCAACAUUCUGAGCCAAUAG